AUGGCCUACAUCACGUGUGCUGUGCGUAUUCUCUAUAGAGCUCACCUUGCCUCUCGGUCCGACCAUCCGAGUCGCUUUCAGUUUUUCGAGGCCUGGCUGUUGAUCUACUUUUCCUCCGGAAUCUAUGCCAACCUGCUGAGCUGCGUGCUGCACCCCGCGGUGUUGGGUGUGGGCUCGUCUGGGUGUUUGUGCGGCUUGAUCGGUGGAUGGCUCAGCUUUUUGCUGAUCACCUGGAACCAAACCAUGCCGAAUGACGUGAAGAUGAGAAAUGCACAGACCACCUCCAUUUUGAUCUCCAUCGUGCUAGUGGUGGUGUUCAGCUUUAUGCCCCUCAUGGACCUGGCCGCCCACAUCGGUGGCCUCAUCAUGGGCGUCGGUGUCACCAUGACGCUCUUCGGCAACAGGCUUCAAGAUCGUCUGUACCGGUGGAUCACCAUUGUCACCGGCAUAUUGGUGACCGCCAGCCUUUGGCUGUCAACAGCCAUUGUUUUUGCGUCGAUCAAAGCGCCAGCGCAGUUGUUGGACUUGUGCCAACGACCUUAUUGUUGA